AUGGCUCUCAGUAAAUCAAUGCAUGCAAGAAACAGAUACAAGGACAAACCUCCCGACUUUGCAUAUCUGGCAUCCAAAUACUCAGAUUUUAAGCAGCAUGUUCAGAUAAACCUGAAUGGAAGAGUGAGUCUAAAUUUUAAAGACCCUGAAGCAGUCAGAGCUCUGACUUGUACUCUCCUAAGGGAAGAUUUUGGACUUUCUAUUGAUAUUCCUCUGGAGAGACUAAUUCCCACCGUUCCUUUGAGACUCAACUAUAUUCAUUGGGUUGAAGAUCUCAUUGGUCACCAGGACUCUGACAAAAAUACUCUCCGAAGAGGAAUUGAUAUAGCCUUAAAUGGCUGGUAUUUCCUUGCAACGGAAGUGGAUGAUAUGUGCUUCAACUAUGCAAAGAAAAAUGUGGAACAGAAUAAUUUAUCUGACCUCAUAAAAGUGGUUAAAGUACCCCAGAAGACCCUCCUGAUGGAUGCUCUUAAAGAAGAAUCUGAGAUAAUCUAUGAUUUUUGCAUGUGCAACCCUCCCUUCUUUUUUCACCAGAUCCUUUUUGUUGUUGUUCAGGGUGUGAACUCUCGAAAUCCUCGAAGACCUCCACCUAGUUCUGUCAAUACCGGAGGUAUCACAGAGAUCAUGGCAGAAGGAGGUGAAUUGGAGUUUGUUAAAAGAAUCAUCCAUGACAGUAUACAACUUAAAAAAAGAUUAAGGUGGUAUAGCUGUAUGCUGGGGAAAAAGUGUAGUCUGGCUCCUCUAAAGGAAGAGCUUCGCAUACAAGGGGUUCCUAAAGUCACCUACACUGAGUUCUGUCAAGGUCGGACAAUGAGAUGGGCUUUGGCAUGGAGUUUUUAUGAUGAUGUCACAGUGCCAUCGCCACCAAGUAAACGAAGAAAAUUGGAAAAGCCACGGAAACCAAUUACAUUUGUUGUUUUGGAAUCUGUGAUGAAGGAAUUAUCCCUUAAAGCAUCAUCGUCUUUGGGUUCUGAGACCAUGGAAGGCAUAGUGGUUGUGACAACAUGGAUUGAAAAAAUUCUCACCGAUCUGAAGGUCCAGCAUAAGCGAGUUCCCUGUGGAAAGGAAGAAGUUAGCCUUUUCCUAACAGCCAUAGAAAACUCCUGGAUUCAUUUAAGGAGAAAGAAAAGAGAUCGAGUGAGACAAUUGAGAGAAGUUCCCCGAGCUCCUGAGGGCAUCAUCCAAGCCUUGGAAGAGAAAAAAUCCACUCCCAAAGAGUCUGGCAAUAGCCAAGAUUUGGUCCAGGGUCCCCAGAAGAGUGCCCCUGCUCUUCAGGAAGGCGAGCCUGUCACUGUUAAGGGCCACUGCCUUAACCAGCAUUCCCUUUCCCAAGAAGAAAACCCAGAGCCCAUGGAGGAUGAAAGGAGUGAGGGAAAGGGAGGGGUGGAGGUUUUGGAAAGUUGUAAAGGCUUUAGCAAUGGACCCCAGGACGGAGAGGCAUCUGAGCAGUUCAGCAACCCAGUGGCUGAAAAAGGGAAACAUCUCCAAGAAGUGGCUGGACAUUAUCUGUUUAAGUGUUUGAUAAAUGUUAAGAAGGAGGUAGAUGAUGCGUUAGUUGAAAUGCAUUGGGUUGAGGGCCAAAACAGGGAUUUGAUGAACCAACUUUGUACCUAUAUACGUAACCAAAUUUUCAGGCUUGUUGCUAGUUAA